AGCAGUGCUCCUCGCCCGAGCAGAUCCGAGCGUGACGAUGGGACGAGUGUUUGGUACGUUGACCCUCGCGACGACUCUCGUUACGGGGGCAACACUACUGUGGAUUGCUGAUUAUCGUCCGUUUCCUGUGUUCUUCCCGGAGAAAAAGGCAAGACCGGAUCCUGGGACAAGAACGAGUUCCUUUUUCCCUAGCCUGUCGCAGAAGUGCUUCGCCUACAAUGCCACCAGUGCGGAAAAUAUCUGUUGUCUCAUGAGGAAGUAUAUUUCAGUGGGCGACAUUCGACGGUGUAUACUCGGUGUGACGAGCAUACCCGAAAUAUCACUUCCACCUGAUCGGCGAGCAAAUACUGAAGAACGGACACAGAGGAACAAGGAAGAACAGAGAGGGACGUUCACGGAGAGCAGUUCUUCGAUCACGCUUUACAAUAACACUGUGAACUGGGCUUUCAUAGGAGACUCCCAUACGCGUUAUCUGGUCUGCGCGAUUUUGAGUCUUAUGGAAGGUCCUGAGUUUCAGUGUCGAAUACCAGAAUUCCAGGGGGAAUGGAGGAACAUAGAUUACUUCCUAGACAAGUUGCCAAGCUGUCAGUAUAAGGGCGAAUUUAUCAUGAUUCGUCACGUCUUUUCACCCUUCACGUUAACAUACUACCAUGACGUUUAUUUGACGAACUUGCCAAAGCUGGUGCAGCAGUGGGAGACGGAAGAACGCCCGAGGCCCAAUUUCGUUGUAAUGAACACAGGAAACCACUGGAUGCGCUACCUCGAAUCUACCUACCUGGAGAAAGGAGUGAAAACAGCUGGGAAAAUAUUCGAGAAACACCUGCACACCAUCGCACCUGUAAUCUCCCGUCUCGCCCGCACAGCAACUGUCAUCUUCAAAAUGCAAGACGAUCUUCAGGUGGCUUAUAUCGAAAAACCACGAGUAAAAUCUUUCACCGUCGACCACAUCCGAGAGUACAACGCCCUCUAUAAACAAGCCCUGGAGAAUACCGGCGUCGUGUUCUGGGACAGCACUUUGCCUCUCUCCCGCGCAUACAACCAAGAAUGUCUCAGGAACCCAAGGCACUUCGGAGACACACUGUGGUGGAUGUGCAAGGACGUGGUGCACGUGGGGUAUAUCCUGGUGAAUCAGUAUGCUGACAUGGUUCUCAAUGCAGCUUGUGGUCGACGUAUGAGCAACUGCAGCUGAAACCGUUAUUUCCAUGGCGUUUUUUGCAACCAGUAACCAUUUUACCUUUUACCUUAUUUAUCCAUAUAAUUUAUAUAUAAAUGUCUUCCCUAAAGAUAAACUAAUAUCCCCUCUUACACAUUGUAUGUUACACUUGUGUACAUUUUUAUAUGUUUAUAUAUAUGUGUGUGUUUGUGCGCAUAUAUUUUGUUAUAUGUAUAUAUAUAUUAUAUA